UUCGUCGAAUCGGCGGUUUCUAUUUCUAAAACCAAAAUGGCGUCCUCCAAGAAAAAGAAGAUAUUGACGAAAGACGAACUUCGUCGUUUAAUGAAACAGACACAAAGUGGUGUUAAAAGUCAGGCUAAGCGAAUAGAACAUCCACUAGCAAAAUAUAACUCUUUGGAUCGGUUGGUUUGCUCAUUGUGCAAUUGUGUGAUCAAGAAUGACGUUCUGUGGACCCCACAUCUUCUGACAAAGCAACAUAAAGAUAGACUUGCUCAAAAACAGACGGCAAGUUACCCAGAAGUCCCUGUUUCUUUGAAACGACCAGCAUCUCAGCCGGAUUCAUGUUCCGACCCCAAAAAAUUAAAAGACUGCAAUGGAAGCACAAAUAAGUUACCUCCAGACUUCUUCGACAGUUCUGCGAAAGGCAACACGACAACGACAAAGUCUUCCCUGUUGGCCGACUACGAGUCGUCUUCAGAUUCCAGUGACGAAGACGAUGCGGUUUCUUCGUCGUCCACUCGCCUUCCAGCAGAUUUCUUUGACAACUCAACAACGGAUGAAGUAAAAGAAGAAAAACCAAAAAUUAUGUCAGAAAAAUUACCAGAAGGCUUUUUUGAUGAUCCAAAAUUGGAUGCUAAGGUUCGACAAGUUGAAUACAAAGACAAGAUGGAGGAGGAGUGGGAACAGUUCCAAAGAGCUAUGCAGGAAGAGACUCAUGUCUCUCGGGUCAUCAUGGAAGAAGACGAUGUACAGGCCAACCUCGACCGAAACAUUGAUGAAAUAGAUGAUCAGAUGACUCGCUGGCAGGAAAUUGAAGAUCUUCAUGUGAAGAAAGAAGUGGUGAUGCAGAAGACUGGGGAUGGACAGAAGGACGAAGACUCGGAUGAGGAUUUGGACGAGAGUGAACUGGAUCUCUUUAACUGGAGGGCCAAGAAGACCUGGAGAUGACAGUUUCACUGUAUUGUUUUCCCCAAGGGAAGUUGGUGCUGUUGGUCUGGCAGAUUUGUUUUGCUGUUGUAGGGUGACAAAGUUAAAAUCACCGAUUCACACAUGCAAUUAGACCGGUCUCGAACCAUGUUCUUGCAGACUUGCCAGUUUCUAGGCAUUGAAGUUGGGUUUGUUUGUAUGAUAACUGAACCUUGGGUUAGUUUCCAUUACUCCACAGCAGGUUGAAAGAACCUGAACAUAUCACCCUUAUUAUUUCAUGUAGGUGGGUGAUAUGACUUUUAAAGAAUUACAUGAUGCAACAUAUAGUGCUUUUGUGAAAUUACGUACAUGUAUGAAACUCAUACAUUAGUACAGGUCAGAAUACUUAUGUGAAAGAGAGUUGAAACUACAUCAUGAUUUAAGUUUUUUUGUUUUUUUUUUUAAAAUUUCUUAAUCAUAUUACUUUUUCAUUUCAUUUUGUGUGAAAAUCACCAGAUUAUUCAUUAAUCUCAUCAGAUACCCAUGAGAAAACUACCAUUGACUUAUUGUGGAAAAUACACUGCUGUUCUGUUAUGUACACGUAUAUGUAAAGAUAAACAAAUGUGUGCUAUUCUCAAAGUGAAGAUUAAAUGUUGUAAUAUUUGUGUUUGCUUAAUCAAUUUCUAAGAAUUACUGUGUGCUAUUCUCAAAGUGAAGAUUAAAUGUUGUAAUAUU